GUAUAUAUAUAUAUAUAUAAGGAAGAGUGGUCUAGAGUUCCACCAAAGUGCUUCAACAACAGUAACAAUGCAGGGAUCACCAACACCAUCCGCCAAGUCUUGUUCGCUUCUCCUCCUUUCCUUUCUACUAGCCUUCCAAAUAGGCCUUGCUCACACGAAAGCUACCAUCUCCAAAGACAAGCCUUGCAAGCGCCUGGUGCUCUACUACCACGACAUCCUCUUCAAUGGAACCAACGUAUCUAAUGCCACCUCUGCUGCCGUCGCCAACCAAACAGCCCUCGGAGAUUACAAAUUUGGCAUGUUCGUAGUGUUCGACGACCCCAUGACCGAAGACCACCACCUGCUGUCCAAGCCGGUGGCCCGGGCUCAGGGCUUCUACUUCUACGAUAUGAAGAAAGAGUACAACGCAUGGUUUGCGUACACGCUUGUGUUCAACUCCACUGAGUACGGCCAGGGGACUAUAAACAUAAUGGGGGCCGACCUGAUGGGCCAGGAGACGAGGGACCUCUCCGUGGUCGGUGGCACCGGGGACUUCUUCAUGGCGAGGGGAAUCGCAACAUUUAGGACUGAUACAUUUCAAGGUGAUGCAUACUUCCGGCUUGAGAUGGAUAUCAAGCUGUUUGAGUGUUACUGAGGGAGUGAGAAGAGACUUGAGUGUGAGAAUGGUAUAGGACUCUAGAUGUUGGAAUCAUGUUGAGACCAAGCCUCGGCUUGAUGCUUAUAUUGUUUUUGAGAUGUAGUGCUUGAUGCUUAUAAUAUAAGAUGUUUGCC